UCCGCACCGUGUUCCCCUCUGAAGCACCAAGGGAGGACCGGCUCUGCACAGCCCCUCUGGCACUGGUUCUGCUGGGGCGCACAGAGGGGCAGUGCCAUGCGCACUCCUGCAGACGCGCUGCUCCUGGGCGCACAGAACCACACUGGGGUCUGCAGUCUCCCGCACGAGCAGAUGGGGACCCCUGGUAACAGCACCGUUUACCCAAACGGAUCCGACCCGUUCGCCAGAAACGAGGAGAUCGCCCAAAUCGAGAUUCUGGUGUUGAGUAUCACGUUUGUGGUGGCCGUGGUGGGGAACGUCAGCGUCCUGUUGGCCAUGUACAACACCAAGAAGAAGAUGUCGCGGAUGCACCUUUUCAUCAGACACCUCAGCCUUGCGGACCUGGUUGUCGCUUUCUUCCAGGUGCUGCCGCAGCUCUGCUGGGAGAUCACUUUCCGCUUCUACGGUCCGGACUUCCUCUGCAGGAUCGUGAAGCACCUCCAGGUGAUGGGGAUGUUCGCCUCCACCUACAUGAUGGUGAUGAUGACCCUGGACCGCUACAUCGCCAUCUGCCACCCGCUGAAAACCCUGCAGCAGCCCACCAAGCGCUCCUACAUCAUGAUCGUGUCCACGUGGAUGGGCAGCCUGGUGCUCAGCACCCCGCAGUACUUCAUCUUCUCCCUGAGCGAGAUCAAGAACGGCUCGGACGUGUACGACUGCUGGGCGCACUUCAUCGAGCCCUGGGGCGCACGGGCGUACAUCACCUGGAUCACCGUGGGCAUCUUCCUCUUGCCCGUGGUCAUCCUCGCGCUGUGCUACGGCUUCAUCUGCCACAGCAUUUGGAAAAACAUCAAAUACAAGAAGAGGAAAACGUCGGCCGGGGCUGCGAGCAAGAACGGGCUGAUCGGGAAGAGCUCGGUGAGCAGCAUCACAACCAUCUCCAGAGCCAAGCUCCGGACCGUCAAGAUGACUUUUGUCAUUGUCCUGGCGUACAUUGUUUGCUGGGCGCCGUUCUUCACCGUGCAGAUGUGGUCUGUGUGGGACAAAAACUCCCAGUGGAUUGAUUCUGAGAACACAGCAGUGACUCUGUCUGCACUCCUUGCCAGUCUCAACAGCUGCUGCAACCCUUGGAUUUACAUGAUCUUCAGUGGCCACCUCCUGCAGGAUUUUGUGCACUGCUUCUCCUGCUGUGGCAAGCUGAAUGCCGAAUACAAGAAGGAGGACUCAGACAGCAGCGUCCGCAGGACCACACUGCUGACCAGGAUGACCAAUCGGAGUCCUACGGACAGCACGGGUAACUGGCAAGAGCUGGAGAACUCUCCAAAAACCUCCACCCAGGCAGAGUAAACAGGGAGUCAGAGUACAUCUUUUAACAUGCCUAAUAGGAAAUAAAAUGCCCCCAAAACAAACAAACUCUGAUGACACAGACUUAAGAAAAGUGUCAGUUAGAAAUCUGUCACAGAAAAUAAAAUGUAAAUUCAUUGUACAAAUUUUUGACUGGAUUCAAUCAAGGUAUCAAAAAUAAUAGGAAGGAUUGUUCAAAGAAAGAGUUUGUCAGGCCUGCAGCAUGUUCAGGGGCAGUUCAGGCACACCUCAGGAGUUUGCAGGAAUCGAUGGUGUUGUGGGCAUCUGUGCUGUCUGAGUGUUGACAUGACCGAAACACCAGACACCAACAAGGCAAAGACCUCAUCUUUUGUGUUUGCUUUUCUAGUUUGAGGAUUUUUCUUAGAACCACAAUUCAGUUGUUAAUGUCAAAAAAAUAAUAAUUAAAAAUCAAAGAACUUAUUGGUGGUUAUUAGAGUACUUUUUAAAAAGUAUGAUAAUAAAUACAAAUAAUAAACAUUCUAUUUUCAGGUAGUGCUUUACAAUAACUACACCUUAUUUAGCCUUACGUGAUCAUUAAUACAUAUCUAGAAACAUAGAAAACAUUAUUUUUUAAUGAUGAUUCAUACUUAAUAAGCUAUAAAUUAACACAUUAAUUAUUUAAAAGACAACGCUGGAAUUGAUUAUAAUUUUGAUCCGAGUUCCACAAGUGAAAAGGAACAUGUAGCCCUUCAGGGUUUUUUUUUCUACAUUAAUAAAUACAAAAAAAAGUAUAGUUUUUACUUUAGAAGAGUUCAUAAAAACACUUAACUAACUACGAGCAACUGCUGUGGUUAUUGCUGCACUGCAGGGUUAGUAGAUAGUUCAAGUUAAGAAUCAACAAUCAUUCAAACACAACAUCAAGAUGUAACGCAGAACAAAAUUUGCAGUUUCUCUGUGUUCUCUAACCAUUAAUACAUAUCUAACACAUGAUGUGAAAGUAUAUUUAUAUGAGCAUUUACACACAUAUACACAGUAUAUAGAAAAUUUCACGAGUUAUUAAACAUGAAUUAACAAUGAGUAUGCUGGUUUUGAAAGUAAUUAGCCUUUAUAGGCAAAACAUUAUUUAAUGUCUUCGUUUAUAGCAGGA